AUGGCAUCAGGCCAGUUCUUCGACCCCCUCGUCGCACUUCGCGUCGCACCUCUAGUGUCGUCGACUUGCACUCUCCUCUUCGCCUGGGAUCAGCACUUCUUCCUCAGCCUUUUCAACGAUACACCCGAGCUUCGAAAGAAGAGCGCGCCGAUACUGAAGCCCUACUUCAACAACUUCUUCUCUCGUGGCGUCUUUAUUGUUCUAGGCUUCAUUGCUGUAUCGACGAGCACAGGCAUUGCAAACUUAUUCAACCAGCCAGCUGCACUUAGGUCCCAGAGCACAUUUUGGUGGUACGCUGCUGGCACGGCCAUGUCGGCGGGACACUUGCUCUAUGUUCCGGCUGUUGCGCCGCAUGUGAAGGGCUUGGCAGAGGCGAAAGACGACCAUGAUGCCAACGGAAUUUUAGAUAAGUGGUUGAAUGCCAACUGGUUGCGCAUGGUGACUGUUGAUGUUGGUGCCUGGGUUGCUUUCAGCGUUGCUACCUUGAACACAUUGCGUGUAUGA